AAUACAUUUCCCCUCAGAGACUCCUGACCCAUCUUGUGAUGUGUUCCCGGAAGCCCUACAGGGAAAAGGAGUUUGGUACAAGCUCUCUGAGGCUACUAUCUGCCCUGCAUCCUAUCACUUCUCUGCAUCCUGUUAUAAACCACAGUGUUGGCCAGCUGUGGAGGAAGGUGAUCCCACAGAUGUUGGAGAUACUGGAUGGUCAUACUGAGAAGAGCCUGAAUCAGGAGGAGUGGGUGGACCGGCUGUUCCGGUUUUUGAGUCAGUCAUUAGUGGCUAUUGAUGAUGACCGCUGGCAGGAGCAACUCAUCAGAGUCAUCUUGGAGAGGAUCCGUUAUUUCAUUGAUGAUGGUGAUGAGAAGGCUUUUCUCUAUAAAUUCUUUGGCUUCGCCCUGUGGACCUCAAGAAGUGAGAAACUGGUGAAGAUGAUGCUCUCCGCCAUCCUUCAAACUUCCCAUGAAAACGUGCAGGAGAGGGAGGGCAUUGCUGUGGCAUUCAGCGUCGUGUCCAGGAAACAUCUGAGGACAGUCCUGGAGCAAUUGAAAGUGUAUAGUGCUGUACUCACUGACAAGGAGUCAUCGUCCAUCCUCACACUGGCAAAGGAACAUCAGCCAAGGGAAUGGGUGCUUGUGUGUCACACCAUCUACCUAAGCUAUAGCAAGAUUAUUUUAGAGAGCAAGGGAGAUAUUUUCAUGCAUUUCGAUGCCGUGCUGGCCUUGAUCCUGCAACACUACCACAACUGCAUUUUGGAAAAGGAUAAGGACCUGAAGCUGGGUUACCUGAAUGCCCUCAUCAUACUGACAAAAACCCUGGGCAGGCAGCAGCACGUGGCCUUUCAAUUCAAGUUCCCCCACAAGCUAGCAAUUGUUACCUUCAUGCUGGACCUAAUCAAGGAGGAGCCAUUGAACUCCAUUUCCAGCCCUAUUAGACAGAAGGCAAUGAACGUCAUCAAUAACUUCAGGAUGUUCAGGCCCCUCUUAGGGAUAGAAGAAAGAGUAGAGCUCCUGGGAACAUGCUUCAAGAGUGUGUUCUGUCUGCCAUCCAUUGAAGUGUUACGAAAGGAGGCAUCUAGUCCCAAGGAGGGCCAGGCCAAUGUGGAUCUGUUUGAGGGGACCAUGGAAUCUCUCCUAAGACUAAUGGAGACACUUAUUGUUGAGAUGCCCACCCGGAUCCAGAACUGCUUGCAGCUUAUGGAUCCUUGGCUCAAUUCCCAGAAGGAUAACGAGCGGGAACGGGCCAUGUGGUGUGCUGCGCGUAUUCUGGAGUUUACAGCAAAAAUGGAGGACUUCAGUAUGGAAAUUGAAUUCACCCGGCUGGGGCGCUUGGUAAAGCUGCUGGCCAUGCGCUGCCAGGACCCAGUGGACAGCAUCUGCUUCCUGUCUGCCAAGGCUGUGUAUCACCUCUACUGUAUCCUCUUGAAGAAAAAGCAGAUGAAGAAGAAAAUACAAGGCUUGUGGAUGGAAGAGGACAUGGAUGAAGUGUACAGUGCCAACUUGUUCUAUAACAACACCUUUGAAAUUGCCGAGGCCUUUGCAGAGUACUUCACCCAGAGCCAGCUCACCAACCUGGUGCUGACAGCCAUGGAGGAGCUGACGGGCAGCAGGGCUAAGGUGUCUCUGGCUGCAGCCCAGUUGAUGAGCGCUGUCAUGAAAAAGCGGGGCUCAGAUUUGAUAAAGGUUGAGGAAAUUGUGGUGGGCAUCCUGGAACGGCUCAAAUUGCACCUGGAGCCCAACACAAAGGAGGAGACCCUUCGGGCCCUGUGCUUGCUGGCAGGCAACAGCACCCACAGCGUUGUGCCCCUGCUGCUCAACAGGCCCCUCCCUUGGGAUAGAACCAUUCUGGCCCUGUGGAAGGUGUUCGGCACCGAGCGAAAGACCACAAUCAAAGUCCUGCAGCUGCUGAUAGGCAUCCUGGAAAACCACUCCACAGAGGGCACGACGGAGAAAGCCCUAGAGCCCGUGAAGGCGGCGUUUGCCUUGUGUGAGAUGCUAUCCGGGACUCUGUGCCCCCGGCUAUUGCUGGCUGUGCUAUGUCAUCUCUUCUGGGUGAUUGAGCAAAAGACCCCCCAGAAUGUGGUAGUCUACAGGAAGGAUGGGGGCUCAGGCAAGACCUUGGACUCCACUAGUUGUGCCCUGGAGGUGGUGAAGCUUGUGUUCUUCGCAGCCGCAUACGAUGGAGUGGUGGUCUAUGCAGAUGAGCAUAAGUGCUGGGAUCAUCUGUCCUCCUCUAAAUUUUACUACAGAGGGAUCAUGGACCUGACAAGUGGCAUUGUGAAGAACUGUGAAGCAGUCAUGCUGCACCGAAUUCUGAAACUUGCCAAGACCUUCCUUGACAGCGGAGAUAAUCAUCGGAAGACCUUGGCCAGGGCCGUCUAUGCACAGCUCCUCUGGCAUCGAUCAGUGGCUCAGACUCUGGGACAAGACUUUGUGGGCAAUCUAAUCAAGUGGACCAAGGAGCCCAACCUCAUCAUGAAAGAAAUUGGACUCCGUGGAAUCAGUAACCUGGCACUGCAUCCAAGUCAAUCAGAGUCUGUCAAGAGCCUGUUUCCAUCCUUGCCAGACUUCCUGAAGAGUGAGGCACGGGUGACAGUUCAGGCAGUGAAGGCCCUACGGAACAUCAUCUACCAUGGGCAUGGAGAAGAGGUCAAGGCGAUGUUCUGCAGCAUCUCCAGGCAUCUGCGUCCACUCAUCAAUGAUGAGAGGGACCAGGUGAGGAUCAUAGCCAUCUCUUCCCUUGGGCACAUGCUACAUAGAGUCAACAAAUUCAAGCCUGGAUAUGCCAUCAAGAAACAUCUGUACAGUUUUUUAGUCCCGCUGCUGCUUAGCUUAGAGGACAACAACACCGAGGUGGUCAAGGCCUGUGGAGCAGCCCUGACUGAGUGGACGAAUGUGAUUGGCUGGUCAUCCUUCACACAGAUGUUUCAGCAUACCACCCUCAGUGAUCACAUGCAGGUGUUGGAAGAAACAUGCAACCAUUUGGUGAAUACAUGCAAAAGACAAUUAGUGGGGGAGUUACUGUUUCAGAGCUUCAGCUUCCUGAAGAGCUCCGAGUCCUUCCUACGGACAGCUGCCGUCCAUUUCAUAGCAUUAAUAGCUAAGAAGAUAAACCUGCAUUCCAUACAUGAGGAUGAUGUGCAGCUGUUACGAAAUGCUCUUGAAAGUAUGAAGAAUGAUCCUGUGGAAUCUAUCCAGAUUCUGGUGACUACUCUUCUUCAAAAUAUUGAGGAAUAUGUUAAUCCUGAGGACAGCUCUACUUCCAUUAUAAGUACUCGCUUCUUCCGAUUACGUGGCAGGAAAGCCCUAAAAAGAAAGAGGCACCUAUUUAAGACUGUCAGACGGAAAGGAGAUAAUGAUACUGAUCGGCCCAGGAAUUGGCUCCUAGGCCCUCUAAAUUUACUGUGGAACUGGUGCAAGGGAGGGUAA